AUGGCAGACGCCUGUCAGACACCUGAGAACAACACUUCAGGUGCAGCAGCUCGUUUCCAUGAAAUGCAUGUGCAACGACACAACAAUGUCAGCAUUCUGUAUGCAGACAUUGUGAACUUUACGCCUUUGUCAGAGAAGUUGAGUGCAUCGGAUUUAGUAAAAACAUUGAACGAGCUCUUUGGAAGAUUUGAUCAAAUUGCGCAGGAAAACCAAUGUAUGAGGAUCAAAAUCUUGGGCGAUUGCUAUUACUGUGUGUCAGGUUUGCCCGUAUCUCGGCCCCAUCACGCGGCCAACUGCGUCAACAUGGGAUUGCAGAUGAUCGAGGCUAUCAGGUGCUCCUAUUCUAUCAGUCUUAUUAUUUUUCUAAAGCUUUAG